AUGCCGUGUUCUUGGUCUCGUUGUAUUUACUGCUGUUGUUGUUGUCAGUGUUAUACAAAUAUUGGCGCGACGGAGAACGGUGUUAGCAAUACUGGUGGAAAUAAGUCUACCAGUGGACAAUGGGAUAUUUAUUUAGAUUCUCAAUAUGAUACAUUGACAGGAUCUCUUAUUAUUGCAUCAGAAGAAAGUGAUACAUGUUUCGAAUAUAUCCAUCGAUCAUUUCAUAUACUCAGUAUUAGUACUCCUAUUAUUCUUGUCGAAGCAAUAUUGGUGAUAGUCUUUAGUUUAAUGUUUGUAUUUGGAUGUAAAUAUUCUAAUGAUUGUCCAAAACAACCAUUACUUAUUAUUUAUCAUCUUAUUGGUGGUGGUGUUGGUUCUCUUUUUUGGUUAUGGUUAAUGUUACGAGCAUUACGUCGAAAGCGACAAGAAUCUGGUCUUGAUGAUGAUGACGAUACUGAUUAUGAUGCACAUUUAGAAGAUAGCUCUGGUGGUCAAAGACUUAAAGAUAAUGGAAUAUGGUUUAUGGAAUUAUUAGCUUUUAUUUUUCUUCUUAUUUCUUUUUUAAUGGGAAAUUAUUGGACAUGGUCAAUUUUUUGGCCAGCACAAGAUAUGACUGAAACUCAACCGAUUGAUUGGUGUAAUCAUUCCUUAUAUAUAUUUACGUUAGUUUCAAUUGGAAUUAUUUAUGUGUUGGCUAUAUUUGCUAUAUUAUUCAUAUUUUCAUUCAUCAUUUUUGCAAGAUAUUGUGCUCGCGUAUUGAUUAAUGAAUAA